AUGUCCACAACCAAAACACUCGCGCUCCUCACGACUCUCUCGCUUGGACUCGCUCUACCAGACGCAAGUCGCGUCCUCGAUGCCCGCGCCUCAACAUGUACCCCGACAGCCGGUGGCUCCUCAUCAAUUGACGAUGUACCGGCCAUCACAUCGGCAAUCGCAUCCUGCGGUAGCGGUGGUACAAUUGUGAUUCCCGCCGGAACCACAUACUACCUCAACAGCGUACUCGACUUUGCUGGCUGCAGCGGCUGUGAUUUCCAUGUUGAGGGUCUUCUCAAAUUCAGCUCGGAUACGGAUUAUUGGGAGGGCCGCACGGCAAUGAUGAACUUGAAGAACAUCGACGGGAUCAAAAUUCGCUCGUUGACCGGGUCUGGAGUCAUUGAUGGCAAUGGACAGAACGCAUACGACCGUUUCGCAUCGGAUAGCAGCUAUGCCCGCCCAACACUACUCUACAUCACCGGCGGCUCAGACAUCACAAUCUCCGGCCUGCGGCAAAAGAACCCACCAAAUGUCUUCAACUCCGUCAAAGGCGACAGCACGAACGUCAACUUCUCGAACCUAAAAAUGGACGCGACGUCCAAAUCCACCAACGCCGCAAAAAACACAGACGGCUUCGACAUCGGCGCAAGCACCAACGUCAUCCUCUCCAACAUCAACGUCUCCAACGACGACGACUGCGUUGCCUUUAAGCCCGGCGCAAACGGCGUCACCGUCACAGACAUCACCUGCACCGGCAGCCACGGGCUCUCCGUCGGAUCCCUGGGUAAAAGCUCCGACGACACGGUGAAGAACAUCUACGUCUCCGGCGCAACGAUGAUCAACUCGACCAAGGCGGCGGGAAUCAAGACAUACCCAUCUGGCGGAAGCCAUGGACACUCGACCGUGUCAAACGUCACCUGGACCGAUGUGACGGUUGACGGGUGUGAUUAUGCGAUUCAGAUUCAGAGCUGCUACGGGGAGGAUGCGGAGUAUUGCGAGGAGAAUGCGGGUGAUGCGGAAUUGACGGGGAUUGUCUUUGAGGGGUUUAGUGGGACGACGAGUGGGAAAUACGAUGAUGUUACGGGGAAUUUGAAUUGUGGGGCUGACGGCACUUGUGACGUUAAGGUUGAUUCUUAUAGUGUUACUGCGCCGAAUGGGAAGGGGGAGGUCCUUUGUGCUAAUACGCCGAGUGGGUUGGGGGUUACUUGUUCGUCUGGGGCUUCGGGGUAA